CACAUGUCAAUUGCUUUCGUGCCCAGAUUUGCAGACGGUCUUCAUAUAUUUUUUUCAAGGCAACAGACGCUAGGCAGUAAAAACGAAGUAACGACAGGAUUACUACGCGAUUAAGUGAAAUUAUGUUGCGAUUUUCGAGACAACUACAGACUGACUGGAUAACCAUUUAGCACAUAUUCAACAGUACACCAUUGUUGGCAGAGUAUGCUGCUAAUUGUAGAAGCCAGUUUCGUUCAAAAUGCAGAGCGGGAAGUCUUCCCUGUCACGGAAAAAGUGUUUCUCCGGAGCCGUCAGGUUCUGAGUGCACAACGCCGCAGAGAGGCGGAUGUGAAAGCUCCGGCAUUUUGACAGCCUUCCAGGAUUUGAUGACUACAUGCCAGAAACUGAAAACUAUCUUCGGAAAGCAAACCGAUCUGGUGUAUACUUGUCAACGUUUCGGGCAUGAGGAAUUGUUUUCUAAAAACACGCCGCCAGAAGCAAUGUCUAAUUAAGACAGCAGUAUCACCCCCGGGCCAGCAGAGGGCGCUCUGCGGGAACAGAUGCAGACCCCUCCCCAUCUCCUCACUGUCAGUGCCUGCGCCUGGGUCAGCUGUUUCUGUCGGCUUAGAGAACUGGGCGCGAGCGAACCGCCGGAGGCCGUCUCCGAGACGAUGUCGGUGAGCGUGCACGAGAACCGCAAGUCGCGCGCCAGCACGGGCCCCAUGAACAUCUCGCUCUUCCACAAGCCCUCGCACCCGGACAGCGUGCUGACGCACCUCAACGCGCUGCGCAAGCAGCGCAUGUUCACCGACGUGACGCUGUGGGCGGGCGCCCGGCCCUUCCCCUGCCACCGCGCCGUGCUGGCCGCCUGCAGCCGCUACUUCGAGGCCAUGUUCAGCGGCGGCCUGCGCGAGAGCGUGGACGACGAGGUCAACUUCCGCGACUCGGUGCACCCCGAGGUGCUGGAGCUGCUGCUGGACUUCGCCUACUCCUCGCGCCUGGUCAUCAACGAGGAGAACGCCGAGUCGCUGCUGGAGGCCGCCGACAUGCUCCAGUUCCACGACGUCCGCGACGCCGCCGCCGAGUUCCUGGAGAGGAACCUGCACCCCUCCAACUGCCUGGGCAUGAUGCUGCUGUCGGACGCGCACCAGUGCAAGCGGCUCUACGAGCUCUCCUGGAGGAUGUGCCUGCUGCACUUCGAGUCGGUCAGGGACACCGAGGACUUCCACGGCCUCUCCAAGGACAAGCUGCUGGACCUGAUCCUCAGCGACGAGCUGGAGAUCGAGGACGAGCGCGUGGUGUUCGACGCCGUGGUGCGCUGGGUGCGCCACGACCUGGACGGGCGGCGGGGCCACCUGGCCGAGCUCCUGCGGGGCGUGCGGCUGGCCCUGCUGCCCUCGGCCUGCCUGGUGGAGGCGGUGGCCCGCGAGGAGCUGGUGGCGGCCGACGAGCGGAGCGCGCGCGUGGUGGAGGAGGCCAUGCAGUGCAAGAAGAGGAUCCUGCAGAACGACGGCGUGGUCACCGCCCCCUGCGCCCGGCCCCGCAAGGCCGGCCACGCCCUCCUCAUCCUGGGCGGCCAGACCUUCAUGUGCGACAAGAUCUACCAGGUGGACCACAAGGCCAAGGAGAUCAUCCCCAAGUCGGACCUGCCCAGCCCCAGGAAGGAGUUCAGCGCCUGCGCCAUCGGGUGCAAGGUGUACGUGACGGGCGGGCGGGGCUCGGAGAACGGCGUGUCCAAGGACGUGUGGGUGUACGACACGGUGCACGAGGAGUGGGCCAAGGGCGCGCCCAUGCUGAUCGCCCGCUUCGGGCACGGCUCGGCCGAGCUGGGGAACGCGCUGUACGUGGUGGGCGGGCACACGGCCGUGGCGGGCGUCUUCCCGGCCUCGCCGUCCGUCUCGCUCAAGCAGGUGGAGCGCUACGACCCGCUCACCAACAAGUGGGCCAUGACGGCGCCGCUGCGCGACGGCGUGAGCAACGCCGCCGUGGUCAGCGCCCGGCUCAAGCUCUUCGUCUUCGGCGGCUCCACCGUCCGCCGGGAGAAGGCGUCCAAGGUGCAGCGCUACGACCCCGGCGAGGACCGCUGGGCCGUGGCGGCCGAGUGCCCGCAGCCCUGGCGCUACACGGCCGCCGCCGUGCUGGGCAGCCAGGUCUUCAUCAUGGGCGGCGACACGGAGUUCACCGCCGCCUCGGCCUACCGCUUCGACUGCGAGAGCAACCAGUGGACGCGCGUGGGCGACAUGACGUCCAAGCGCAUGAGCUGCCACGCCGUGGCCUCGGGCAACCGGCUCUACGUGGUGGGCGGCUACUUCGGCGCGCAGCGCUGCAAGACGCUCGACUGCUACGACCCGGCCUCCGACAGCUGGAGCAGCAUCACCACCGUGCCUUACUCGCUCAUCCCCACCGCCUUCGUCAGCACCUGGAAGCACCUGCCCGCCUGACGGCCCGCCCGCUUCCUCUGGAAUAACGCUGUCCCUCCCGGAGGUAGUUUGUGGGAUGAACCGCCUGCCCCCCCCCCACUCCUCACCACCCCGCCCGCCACCCACAGCGGGGUCGCUUCACCUGGGACGGUCCCGAGCCAGGGGAGGACGAUGGGCAUUUCGCUAGGACACAGACUUCCUGUUCUCGAGCGCGGUCGAGCUACAGAUUGCAGGGACUUCAAGAAGAGCGCCACCUGCUGCACAGAACCAAACCCACACUCUGGCCUACUGUCGGAUGUUGCCAUGGAGACUGAACCCACCACUGCAUUCUCUCUGCCUCUUAAAUUUUUAACAAUUUAAUUUAAUAUAAAUUUAAGGGGGGGGGGGUGUAUAUUGCAGUAUAUGUUUCAGUGACAGUGGAAAGGCAGUGAAAGCAUAAAUGCCCGAAAUCUUCCAGGGCUCAGAGUCUUAACUGGACCCCUGUGUUUUGCAGUGAACUCUUCCACGACUUGGACUUUGUAUGGCUUUUUAAUGCCAGGGACGCGCCACUCUGCGCCGCAGCGGGGUCCGUGUCCAAAUCGACUCCGAUCGCUGAACCUUGCAUUAAAAAUAAACCAACGUGAAGCUACUCGUGCAGGAAAAGCGGGGGGGGGGCUGGAACGGGACUACGAGUGGACUUUGAAGCCACAGAGAGGAGCACAGAUCGCUCGGCUAAAAUGUACUCAGUCUCUACUCGCACUGGGGUCUAACGCAGGACUGAAACAGGUGCGCUGGACCAAUGAGCAGACAGCUCACGGCAGCCUGUAUCCAAUCGGAUUCUGUGGAGGAGGAGAAAAAAAAAAAGUAUUCUGCAACAUAGUUGCGGUGGUCGUCAGCACAAUUCUACUGUACCUUCCCAUUUUGAGGAUUCUCUUGCAUUUUAAUGUAUGCAUUUAAUGAUAUGAGAUUUGCACUCAGCACUAUGUAUCAUUUGAAAUGGUUGAAUGAGGAAACCCUUGAAGCUUUGUUACUGGCUACUGAUGAAACUGUUUGCAUUUUUUGUUUUUAUUGACUGAAGGAAGAACAUUGAUAUGGAUCCAAGGUCCCAUAUUUCCCCAUACUGUUCUACACUGUUUUUAGGGGGCUGGGUUAAGCAGGGGGGAGCGGGUUGGGUUCAUUAAAAUGACUCAUUUUGAA